UGAUUGAUGUUAGUUGAAAAUAAAAAUGAAGGGCUGGUACAGCUUCGCGAUUCAGACGUCUAUUGUCCUCUCAGAGCCGCCGUACAACUCAGCCAGUGGCAACCGUUUGUUUAUUACUCUCGUCGUAAUGGCGACCAUCACUGAGCUCAAGUGUGCCGUGAGGGAAACGCUGGAGUCUCGCGGUGUCCUGGGUCAGCUGAAGGCGCGCAUCAGGGCGGAGGUGUUCAGCGCCCUGGAUGAGCAACGCGAGCCCCGGCCGCCGCUCUCCCACGAAAACCUGCUCAUCAACGAGCUCAUCAGGGAGUACCUGGAGUUCAACAAGUACAGGUACACUGCGUCCGUGCUGACGGCAGAGUCAGGUCAACCCGAACUGCCCUUGGACAGACAGUUCCUGGCCAGUGAGCUGAAAGUCGCAGAAGAUUCAAGCUCCAAGUCUGUACCCCUUCUCUAUGGCUUAAUAUCUAACUUCAUGAACAACACUGAGGGCGGAGGCAGGGUUUUUCUGCGGGGUACCUCUCUGCCAACUGGUCCAACUGCCAGCAGCACAAGACCAGGACCUGAUGCCUGAAGGUGGAACUGCAUGGACGCACUGACACUCAAAGACCUAUCAAAGGUUAUGGGACUGUUUUCACGUGAGCAUACUGUAUUUCAGUAUCUGAGGUGUAUGAAUUGUCCUCAGUUGUAUCUGAAGGCCUUUGCAUUGCUGCCAAAUGAGCUCAGAUGCCUCAACAUGUUCUAAAUGUAAUGCCUGACGUUACCAGUAGUUUUAACUAUCACACAUUCUCUCAGUAAUUCAGGCGAAGUGUGAAAGUGCAUUUGAUGCCUUCUCUCCUUUAUAACUGUGUAUACUUCUGUGUUUUUUGUAUUUGGUGGUUGUUGUAAAAUAAACGUUUAUAUUUAUACAGUGCUUUGAAUCGGAAACUUUUGGAGAUGCUUUUCAGUUUGUGACCACAUGGUGGCAGUGUUGGCUAACAUAGGGCUAUGCAUGAGGCCCGUGAGCUUUUUUCAUGUCUUAUCACUUACUUUCAUAUGAAAAUCGUGUGUUGGGCUAAAAGUCAACUUUUAUAUGCAGUGCUAGAUGGAAGUAUGCAUUUUCUUGCAUUAACACAGCAGAUGUAAAGCUCUUAAACAAUGUGGAGUUUGCAUGCAUUGAUGUUUUUGAGUUUAAUUUACAUUUUAAUACUCAUAUGAAAGUUGUAAGAUUUUUGUACAUGUCCACUUGAACGUAUGUAGAGUUUUGAUAAUAGAACAGUUUAAGAGGUGAUAAAUAUACUGCACCUGAAAGUGCCCUCAAUUCGCA